AUGACUAGCCAACGGAAGUGCUCUCGACAAACCAAGGCCGUGGCCUCAUCCAGCAUGGUUUCUAAGGCAAAACAGUCAUCUGGCUCAUCAGCUGUCAUUGUCAAUACUGUUCUGAGCAAUAUGGGGAUCGGCACUGGGAAAUCCGCUGCUAGCAACUCCAAGACCGUACUCGCGGCUCAUGAAGAGAGCAAUGCGGGGCUACGACGGACUAGCGCCACGUUGCUCAAGCCAAAUCAUCCUGUUAAACGAAAGGAUCUGAGUGUUGAAGGAUUGGCGGCUAUGAACAUCUCUGGGGUAUACCUAGACCAGUCCUGGGAUUUCGCUAUGCUCGAUGAGCAACUGAGGAAGAUAUUCCCAUACCUUUUCGAACAUCUCGACACACUCCCCGCUUUGCACUCGUCAACCAAUGAGGAAUUGCUGCAAUGGGUUCUCUGUACCCAGUCGCGGUCUCGGCUGAGCCCUGCACCAUUUCCGUUUCCCGUUGGAACACAUGCAUACUGGAACAAGGGUUCCGCCAAGGCGUCAUGGGUGAUCCGGGAGAAGGCGCAAGCUGCGCAGAGUAAAGGGAAAAGGAAGGCACAUCUGUUCCCGCUCAGUCCUCCCUCUGUUAUCCCAUCCAAGCGGCCUCGGUCUGAGACUAUCGACAAGAGCAGUGAUGUUGAACUGGAUCCAGGGUCGGAUACGGCUGAAGAGAGAGACCAGAAGCGGCACAAAGGUGCCGAUUCAUGUUCAGACGGAGCGGAGUCCGAGUCAGCCAAGAGUGAAUCUGAGGAUCAAAACUCAUCUACUGCGAGUCGGGGUUCUGCAAGCCCACAUUCCAUUAGUCGUUCUCGAUGCAGGAACGUCAAAAGCAAACCGCGACCAAACUUCGACUUGAAGUUCUUUGACCUAGCUGCUGGCUCAGAUGACGAGGACUCGGAGGCUACAAGUCGACCUGCACCCAGGCCAGUGAAGCAGCAGUACGGCUCGAGAUCGGCGAAGAAGCAACGCUCGCGAGUCGCAACUCAGACCGUUACACGCCAGGCCACGCACGGAUCUGUACGAAAUCAGUUGUCAACGUCGCCGGUAUCUGGAAGGUCGUUUGAAGAGCCAGCGGUCGACAAAUCGGGAAGCUCUCACCAUUCCCCUACUUCGUGUCGGUUGCGGAGGCACGAUACGGUCGCGUCUGCCUCGUCUGAGGUCGAUCUCAACAUCGAGGACCCUUACGACCAACAGUGUAGCAUGAAAUACUUUUGA